CUGGUGCAGGAACAAGGAGUCCACGGCUGGCCCGGUCUCGGCCAUGGGGAAGGACUACUACAAGGCCCUGGGCAUCCAGUCGGGGGCCAACGAGGAUGAGAUCAAGAAGGCCUACCGCAAAAUGGCCCUCAAGUAUCACCCGGACAAGAACAAGGACCCCCACGCGGAGGACAAGUUCAAGGAGAUCGCCGAGGCUUACGACGUGCUGAGCGACCCCAAGAAACGGGCUGUUUACGACCAGUACGGAGAGGAGGGACUCAAAACGGGUGGGGGUCCCUCUGGCCCUUCUGGCAACACCUUCCACUACACCUUCCACGGAGACCCCCACGCCACGUUCGCCUCCUUCUUUGGGGGCUCCAACCCCUUCGACAUCUUCUUCAGCAGCAGCCGGUCCAGGGUCUUCAACGGCUUCGACCACGAGGACAUGGAUGUGGACGACGACAGCGACGACCCCUUCAGCGCGUUCAGCCGCUUCGGUUUCAACGGCCUGAACGGGGUCCACCGGCGGCACCCGGAGCCCAUCCACAUGCGCCGGAAGGUGCAGGAUCCUCCCGUGGUCCACGAGCUGAAGGUUUCUCUGGAGGAGAUCUACCACGGGGCCACCAAGCGGAUGAAGAUCACCCGCCGGCGGCUGAACCCGGACGGGCGAACGAUGCGGACAGAGGACAAGAUCCUGAACAUCAUCAUCAAGCGGGGCUGGAAGGAAGGCACCAAGAUCACCUUCCCCAAGGAGGGAGACGCCACCCCCGAAAACAUCCCGGCCGACAUCGUCUUCGUCCUGAAGGACAAGCCACACGGCCACUUCCGGCGCGACGGGACAAACAUCAUCUACACGGCCAUGAUCAGUCUUAAAGAGGCCCUGUGCGGCUGCACCGUCAACAUCCCCACGGUGGACGGGCGCGUCAUCCCGCUGCCCUGCAGCGACAUCAUCAAGCCGGGCACCGUGAAGCGGCUGCGAGGGGAGGGGCUGCCUUUCCCCAAGGUGCCCUCCCAGCGCGGAGACUUGAUUGUGGAGUUCAAAGUCCGCUUCCCCGACAGAAUAGCCCCCCAGACCCGCCAAAUCCUUAAGCAACACCUGCCCUGCUCCUAGAGAUGCCUGGCCGGGCAUCGCCUGCCCACCUCACGCGCUCUCUCUCUCUCUGCCAGCCAGCUCGCUCUCCGAGUAGCAGCCACGCUUCAUGCUGUGCCACGUUGCACCUGGCCCUGGGGGGCUGCCCCGGCACCCUCCUGCCU